AUGGCCGCCGGCGUACUGCGUCUAUCGCGACCAUGGCUGGCUUCCUCGAGGCUAUCGUUCCCCGUCCGCUUCUGCCCUAGCCUCCACUGCAGCGCGAGCAGCAUCACGGCGACGCGAUGUUAUAGCGCCGCGCCGAAGAGGAACCGCGCAAAGCCGCCGUCGCGAAUCACCGUAUCCGGCCAAAAGGAACGUUUCGUGCAGAUAGAGGCCAACAUGACCCUGCUAUUACCUCUUACCCUCGUGGCCCCUCCCAUCUGGCGGUAUCCGCGUGAGCCAACCAAGUUCUUCCACAUGCUGUGGCUGAACCUGAAGGCGCGCUUCCAGACGCUGGCGAUGAUCGUCUCCGUAAAGGUGGUGUCGCAGCCCAAGCUGCUGCUGAGCCGGCCCCGUUUUCGGUUCGGCCUGUCGGCUGCCGUGCCCGCGGCGAAGGCGCUGCACAGCCGCAUGUCCGAGGCCCUCGCCGUCGGCGACAAGGAGACCCUGCGCAGCAUCUGCACUCCGGAGCUGUUCCGCACCCUCGCCGCCACCAUCGACUCGCGGCCCCCCGGGGUCCGCGCCGAAUGGCAGCUCGCGCACUACGACAUGGCCUGGCGCUACCCCCGCGUCGCCGACUGGCGCGUCUCGUUCCAACCCCUCCGCGACGGCGGCAACAAGCUCAUCAAGCAGGUCGUCGUCAGCAUCGCGAGCACCCAGCGCAUCACGCGCUACGACGAUUCCCGCGGCGGCGUCCGCAUCGCCGGCAGCGACCGCAUCCGCCCUCGUAUGGUCGAGCACCUCGUCCUCCAGGCCACCGUCGACCGGGCCACGUACCAGAGUUCCCCCUGGAAGAUCUGGGGCACCCUCCCCGAGAUGACUUACGAGAGCUACCGCGCCGAGCUCGAGAACGUGGAGUCCCUCGUAGCCAGCCGGGCGGAUGACGCCUAG